GACGUCACUGUAGUUGUUUUGGAGAGAAGAAAGGGCACCGACGGAAGAUUUAUCACUAAAAAUACCGGUUUUAUGACCGACGUUUAAGUCAUUGCGUUUUGAACCAUGUCUACUCCGGCUAGAAGACGACUUAUGCGCGAUUUCAAAAGACUUCAAGAAGACCCUCCAACUGGCGUAAGUGGUGCUCCGUCAGAGAAUAACAUCAUGCUAUGGAAUGCAGUUAUUUUUGGGCCUGUGGGUACACCAUUUGAGGAUGGAACAUUUAAGCUUGUGAUAGAAUUUUCAGAAGAGUACCCUAACAAGCCACCCACGGUUCGAUUUAUCUCCAAAAUGUUUCACCCAAAUGUCUAUGCAGAUGGAAGUAUAUGUUUAGACAUCCUUCAGAAUCGUUGGAGCCCCACGUAUGACGUGUCAUCCAUUUUGACAUCUAUCCAGUCCCUGUUGGAUGAGCCGAAUCCUAACAGUCCAGCCAACAGCCAGGCGGCACAGCUAUAUCAAGAAAAUAAGAGGGAGUAUGAGAAAAGAGUUUCUGCCAUUGUGGAGCAGAGCUGGGUAGACUCUUAACACAGCUUCCCCCAGCUACAUCACUUCUAUCAAAUACUUCAAUCUUUCAUUUACCUCAUCAACAAAAGUCAACAUCAAAACAACUACAGUGCCACCAGAUAAGAGAGAAAUCAGUAGGGACUUUUACUUGCUUGCCAACCCUUUUGAAAAAAAAUCUGAUACUUGUGUUCUUGUUCUUAAAGUUUUUUUUUUUAAUUGCAUGAUGUGAAAUAAGUUAUUGCUAACAGAAUUUGUAAUAUAUCUUUUGUUGGAUUGACGCUGUUACUGUUAGGAUUCCAAAUGUUUUGUCUUGGUUUGAGCAGAAGGGACUGUUGAUGUCAUAUCACCAAAUUAGAAAUCCAUAAAACGUUAUUUGUUAAGUGAAUGGCUUUCUCAGACAUUCUGCCUUGUCAUGUAGCAUAUAUUAAAACUAAUCACCCAAAAGCUUCUCUUGCACCCACCAGUUGUUUCUGGUCACCUACCUUAAUGGAAGGAGUCAGUGCUAUUGAUCAGCAAUCUUGGUUACUAUGGUAUUCUAAAGUUUCACAAAUCAAAGCCAACAUAAAAAUUGGGUGUUAUCUGUACAUUUCAUAAAGUAUUUUAAGUACAGUGGCACUUGAGGACAUAUUGAGUUUGGCUCAUCCUGGAAAAUGGCCAGAUAGUGGAAAUGGUUAAAGAAACCAGACCGAUCAGAAUAAGGCCUGACUCCCAACAAAUAUAAUGUCUGCUGUUGCUUCAAGCCUUUUUUUUCGUACACCGGUAUUUGUCUCCUAAAUGACAGUUGAUUGAGUAUGCGCUGUCCAGUAUACACAAUUCUUAUGAAAGUCAUUUUUCAUAAUUUUUUUUAGACAGUAUGGGUCAUAUUGUGGCUAGUGGUUUAUUUCACCUUAAAAGAAGAGGGAGAUGUUAUACAUUUUUGUGAAUUUACUCUAAAAAACAAUGUAUACUUAUAAUAAAUAUGCUGUAUAAACAUAAUAAAACACAUUUUUCAGAC